AUGGAGGUUGUACCUGGCGCGGCCGAGCUUCAGUCCAUCCACAUCGAGCAGCUGCGGCAAAGGUCGGUUCCAUUCGAGGUGUCGCCAUCUUCCCCCGCUCGGAUCCAGUUCGGGACCGCCAAUGCAGACAACACCAGCACGCCGGUGAUCCUUCGCUCACUCAGGCAGGACGAUAAUGACGGCAGCAUAGUGUGCCUGAUCUGUCAUGACCAUGCAGCAGACGACAUUGCCAAUUUGCGGUGUGAGCGGUGCAGAGGGAGCGUGCACUUGGGCUGUAUGGGGGUUUGGCUCGAAGGACGGUCGACACGGAUCAACUUUAGCUGUCCACAAUGCCGCGGCGCCACACGGUUCGAUGCUUCCUACUCUGCCGCCGAGACGACAGGUGAGGCAGAGGACGGGGCCGAAAGCGCUGGCGGUGGCCGCACCGCUCGAGGGGAGAUCAUCUCGGAAGGCGCUUUGGUGCAAAACCGCCGCCGGUCCAAUAGGCGGACAAGGCGACCUGACUACUAUGUACCUUAA